AUGUUUCCCAAUAGAAUAAUAAGGACCAGAGCUGGCCUUUAUCGCCUAUAUUCAACCCUUAAAGUCCCACAUGUGGAAAUCAAUGGUAUAAAUUACAAGACUGACCCCAAGAUUACCAAUGUUACAGAUUCAAUAAUAAAACUUACAGGUAGAUCGUUACAUCUCAAAGAAUCACAUCCAGUAGGCAUUCUUCGCGAUCUAAUUGAAAAGAAAUUAAACUCAGUCGACAACACAUUCAAGAUCUUUAAUAAUUUCAAACCUGUGGUAACCACUAUGGAAAACUUCGAUUCCUUAGGGUUUCCUAAGGAUCAUCCUGGAAGAUCAAAAUCAGACACAUACUAUAUAAAUGAAACACACCUAUUGAGAACACAUACUUCUGCUCACGAAUUAGAAUGCUUUGAAAAAAUAAGGAAUGAUGCAGAUAACAUUAAAAGUGGAUUCCUUAUAUCUGCAGAUGUGUACAGAAGAGAUGAAAUUGACAAGACUCAUUAUCCGGUAUUUCACCAAAUGGAAGGUGCCACAAUUUGGAGACGAACCAAGGCGAAUGAGGGCGCAAAAGAGCCCACUUAUAUCGAGAAGAUCCGCGAAGAUAUCAGACAGGUAGAGGAUCAGUUAAAUAAAGAAAAUGUAAAGAUUACCGUUGACGACGAUACUAUACCUUUAAAAGAAUAUAAUCCUAAACAGGAGUAUAUGUCCGAUCUGGAGGUUGAUUUAUGUUCUCAACAUUUGAAGAGAUCCGUUGAAUUGAUAGUUUCUGAAGUCUUCAAUAAAAAAAUAUCCAGCAUGGUCAAGAAUAAAGCGAAUAAUACACCUAAAGAGCUAAAAGUCCGUUGGAUUAACGCUUACUUCCCCUGGACUGCACCCUCUUGGGAAAUAGAAGUUUGGUGGCAGGGUGAAUGGCUCGAACUUUGUGGAUGCGGAUUGAUCCGCCAAGAUGUGCUACUCAGAGCCGGCUAUAAGCCUUCUGAAACAAUAGGUUGGGCUUUUGGCUUGGGUCUAGAUCGCAUCGCUAUGCUUCUUUUCGAAAUUCCAGAUAUUAGGCUGCUGUGGAGCUCCGAUGAAAGAUUCUCAAAACAGUUCUCCAAGGGUUUGAUCACUUCCUUCAAACCAUACUCAAAGCACCCAGGAUCAUUUAGGGAUGUUGCGUUUUGGUUACCAAAAGAUAAACUAGAUGUUCAUCAAGUUCAUGAAAAUGAUUUAAUGGAAAUCAUUAGAAAUAUAGCUGGUGAUUUAGUAGAGAGUGUUAAACUAGUUGACAGUUUCACGCAUCCGAAAACCGGUAGAAAAUCCAUGUGCUACAGGAUCAAUUAUCAAUCGAUGGACAGAAAUUUGACAAACGCUGAGGUUAACGCUUUGCAAGACAUGGUGUGUUCUAAGUUAGUAAAAGAUUAUAGCGUAGAACUCAGAUAA